AGCAGUUGUAAAGUCAGGGAUUUGUACAGCACGGGAGUAGAGUGUUCAUGUGUUGGUACAUGAAAAUAUGAAACGAUGUAAGAAGACACAAUGUUGGUGUUCUGCUCGUGGGGUAUACGUUUAAGGUGCGGCCUUAAUGAACAAAAGGAAUGACCAUCCGAUGGCCUUUAGCUGCACAUGUGCUUACAGUGAUCAGGGCAGGUAACUCGAGACAUGUGCGAAGCCAGAAGCGAGCAUCACUGUGGUCGCCCACUUUGCACCUGCUCUCUUCUGUGGAGCCCAGAAGGCCUUUCCAAGUUAAAAGGGCAGUCAGUGUGUGGUUCUGUAAGAAGAGUCACCUCUCAAUCAAGCUUGGUCUGCACAACAGAGUUGCCCAUCUAAUCACCUCCGUGCCCUGUCUGUCGACCAGGCUGAGCCAUCAUAUGUCCCGGGUCCGUAGCACUCUGGACUCCAUUUCCAAGGCCCUCAACGGAAUUCCUGUGGAUCUCCUCUCUUGGAUAGCACGCUUCAGGCCUCACACUGUCUUGGGAGCAAAGGGGAUGGAAUCAAACCACAGGGCUGCACCCCAUCACCCAGGGGAUGGUGCAGCAGAAAUUUUUGCUGCUCCUCAGAGUACACAAGUGGACCUGCCCUCUCAGACCAACAGGAAGCCCGCAGCUCUUGUGACCAGCCCACCAAAGGAAGCGGUGGUUGGGCCUCCUGAUGAGCCGCACACGCCUGGCUACUUCGGAACCAACAUGGAUGAAACCUACAAUUGUCUCUCUCAUCAUGUCAGUACAACCUUCGGAAGUCCUGUGGCAGCUGAUGACAGGAAGCUGGAGCAGCACAGCCUUGUCAAAAGCAUAUCCCAGAAAAGCAACAUGUGCCACGCUCCUGCUCUCAUGCCUGUAUCCAACAAGCUGACCUCAGAGCCUCUUACUGCUCCCCCAGGUUCUCCUGCAUCUGAACUGCAACCUACCUCCACUUCUCUGAAGAAGGGCUUAGGUCACUAUCUGUCAUACCCAGGGCACAGCAUGCAAGCUUUUGUGGGCAACUACAUUGCUCCGCUGGUCCCAAAGUUUUGCUCUGACUCUAACACAGUCUCUGGGGAAAAAGAUGCACUGCCUGAGGUGGAAGGUUUCGCAAAGCAAGAAGAGCCUACUGAGCCCACUGAGGAGAAGGCAGCUAAUGACAACGCCAAACAGCUGGUACUUCAACGGGAGAAGAUCAUUGCCCGGGUGAGCGUGGACAACAGAACGAGGGUUCUUGUCCAGGCUCUGAAGAGGGCGUUGGACGUGAAGGUCUACGUCAGCAGAGUGGAGGAACUCAGCUAUCACCUCCUGGAGUUCCCUGAUACAAGGGCAGUGGCUGUGAAGGAGAAGGUGAUUCCAUGCCUGCUGCGUCUCCGCCAGGCAGGGGACCCCAUGCUGCAGGCCGCCGUGAGAGAGACCCUCGCUCUGGUGGGCUAUGCAGACCCUGUCAAGGGCAAAGGGAUACGGGUGCUUUCCAUCGAUGGAGGAGGAACCAGGGGAUUGGUUGCCCUGCAGACACUGCAAAAGCUGGAAGCCCUGACAGGCAAACCCAUUUACCAACUGUUUGAUUACAUCUGUGGUGUGAGCACAGGGGCUAUUUUGGCCUUCAUGCUGGGGGUGUUCCAGAUCCCUCUGGAGGAGUGCGAGAACAUGUACCGGCACCUGUGCUCCAAUGUCUUCAACCAGAAUAUCAUCGUUGGCACAGUGAAAAUGAGCUGGAGCCACGCCUUUUAUGAUAGCCAGUUCUGGGAGUCCAUCCUCAAGGAACGAGUGGGGUCCCAGCUCAUGAUCGAGACGUCGAGGAACCCAAAGUGUCCAAAGGUGGCAGCAGUGAGCACUAUAGUGAGCAGGGGCACACCAUUGAAGGCCUACGUGUUCAGGAACUACAAUAUGCCGCCAGGAGUCCGAUCCCACUACCUGGGUGGCUGUGAGCACCAGUUGUGGCAGGCUAUCCGGGCUUCAUCUGCUGCCCCUGGCUAUUUCCAGGAGUUUGUACUGGGGAACGACCUGCACCAGGAUGGUGGGCUGCUGAUCAACAACCCCACAGCACUGGCCAUCCAUGAGUGCAAGUGUCUGUGGCCUGGCACACCGGUGCAGUGUGUGGUCUCACUGGGCACGGGCCGCUUUGAGGGUCCUGGGAACCAUGGUGCCACACACACCAGCCUCAAGACCAAGCUGAGCCACAUUAUCAGCAGUGCAACAGACACUGAAGAGGUCCACACCACACUGGAUGCCCUCCUGCCCCCCAACACAUACUUCCGCUUCAACCCAUUCAUGACAGAAGACAUUCCGCUGGACGAGAGUCGCAGCGAGAAGCUCAACCUGCUGAGGGAUGAGUGUGAGCGAUACCUGGAACGCAACGCAGAGAAGUUACAGAUGGCGGCCAGCAUGCUGAGCCAGGAGAAGAGCGCCAUCCAAAGGCUGACAGAGUGGCUUAAACUCAAGAGAGACAUGUGUGACGGCCUGCCACCAUUCUUCUCCAAACUGUAGGGUACACCAGGAAUCCUGCAGUUUAUGUUUAUAGCUUCCCCUUGUCCACUGUUCCAUACAGUGCCUGGUGGUGUUUAAAUGGUAGUGAGUGACAUCCUGCACAGUCCUUUUUCUGAGCGAAAUGUCAAAACCCUCCCCCAACCAUGUACUUAAGUUUGUUUGCUUCAAAGUGGGAAGCAAAAAGACACUGAGCAGGGUAACUGAGCUUCUUGAACUGUAGGGCUCCUGUGGUUUGCAAAAAAUGCACUUUUUAACGGUUACUCUAGACAGUUUAUUUGUGAUAAAUUUUGACUUGGAUAUUUAAAAAAAAAUUUACUAAAUGAAAAUGUAGUUUAAAAAAUUAUGUCCAUUUCAUAUUUACUUUAAGGGAAGAAAAACACUAUAAUCACUCACCAUGUUUUAUUUUCAAAAUUACAUCUUUACCUCAGGCUUCUUUGUAAUUGUAUCAAUAAAGAAUAUUUUGACUAACAGAAAUAGUGUAUGAAUGAUUGUGCCCCUGGGUAAUACAGUAGCGUGUAUUACAUAGUGUUAGCGGGAGUACGUGUUUGUGUCCUCUUGAAUUCACAUAUUGAUUUGACAGCUGAGCAGAUAUGUGAGUUCCAGAGAGCGUGUCUUUCUAGUCACAGGUUGGCAGUUAAUGUUCUCUGUAUAUUUUCUUUUGGCUAGAUGUGAAUGAAUAAAGACUGACUGUUUGCAUUUAUAUGUCAUUAAAAUAGUGAUUGACCUGUGUGUAAAGGUGCCAAACAGAAACGUUGGUGUGGAGGAUGUUCUCCGGGGACAAAAAAAUAUACCACAUAUACUUGAUGAAUAUUAUUGAAAACUGAUGUAUGAAGAAUAAUGUUCUGUAAUGGGGAAAAAGGUUUUUAAAUUCACUGAAAAUUGAUGUAUGAAGAAUGAUGUUCUGUAAUGGGGAAAAAAAAGGUUUUUAAAUUCACUGAAAAAUAAUUGCUCUGCAUUUGGAUUGGAAAUAACAAGCCGGUAUUGGCCUCCUAUUUCUCUUGUCCGAUUUACAGUGAAUGUCAGUAAUAUAUAAGUAAAUAAGUGUACUUUGUUAAAUUGUUUUGCAACCUUCUUCUGGCUGACCUGCAUCAAAUAAUAAUAGUAAAGUAUAUUUAUUGUAGGUACG